UUCUGGUUGUAAUUUGUUGGAAGUUGAGUCAGAUUGUUUGUUUUUGCUCGAUUGUUUAUGGGCCGACUCGGGAAUGGGCUACAUUUUGCUUCGUAACAUCCUUUUUCUCUCUCCGGUAUUCUUGUUUCAGUCUUUGUCUCUCUCUCUGUUUGAUUGUUGAUGCAAUGCCGGAGGAGAAAUUCUAGCGUUGAAACUUGUGAAGUCAAUGCCAUGGAAAAUUCCAAGGUGUUGUCAAACAUGAGAAAUAUGAUUUCCUCUGGAAAGCAUGCUCUACUUCCUCCUAAGAGUCCAGUUCCUAGUGGUUCCUCCACAUAUUCCGAGUAUCUCCCUAAUCCCAUUGUUGGGUCAAGAGCAGUGCAGAAUCCCAGAGUGGGAAAUGUGAACCAUCAUAGAACAUCAUCUGAAAGUCUUUUGAUGGAAGAACAACCUUCUUGGCUUGAUGAUCUCCUCAACGAACCCGAAACCCCUGUUCAACGAGGUGGCCAUCGACGUUCAUCAAGUGACUCCUUUGCAUACUUAGAUGCAGGAAAUGUUUCGAAUGAAAAUUAUACACAGGAUGACUCCCAAUGUAAAAAUAUGUAUUUACCUUCUUGGGCAUCACAAGAUUUCGAUUCCCAUCAAGCUUCAUUAUAUAUGAAACCAAGCUGGAACAAACAGAAGAACAGGACACGGGAAUUGCCUCCAACUACAUUGACAACUAACCCAGGUGGCCGCCCUUCUGCCAAAAAUAGCAUUCUUCUUGAAAGCUUGAGGACGUUGAGUACAGCACAGGAAGCAAAUGAGUUUUCUUCAACAACUACUGAAAAGCUGGAUUCAGCCGAAACUGCUCUGCCUGAUCGAAAGUUAUCAGAGAGAAUGGACAGUUCACAUGUUAAGCCAGGACCGACUGAUACAGAUAAUAAAAGAGCUAAACAGCAAUUUGCUCAACGAUCGCGUGUAAGGAAACUUCAAUACAUUGCAGAGCUGGAAAGGAACGUACAAGCUUUACAAGCAAAUGGUUCUGAAGUUUCUGCCGAGCUCGAAUUUCUCAGUCGGCAAAACUUAAUUCUUGGCAUGGAGAAUAAAGCACUCAAGCAACGGUUAGAAAGCUUAUCUCAGGAGCAACUUAUAAAAUACCUGGAACAUGAAGUGCUGGAGAAAGAGAUUGGAAGACUAAGAAUGUUAUACCAACAGCAGCAACAGCCAAAACCACCACCUUCCAACCUUAAACGCACCAAAAGUCGAGACCUCGAGACACAGUUUUCUAAGCUCUCUUUGAGACAGAAAGAUUCACGUUCAGGUUCCGAGUCUGUGGCCGGUCCAGUUCAAAUCUAGAUUAGUUGCAACAACAACAAUGAACGAACAAAUCAAAGCCAUCUAAGGAAUGUGGUUUGUGGAUUGCUUGUGCAGAAUAACCAAGUCCAAGGCUCAUCAGAAUCAAAGUUAAGUUUGUUGUACUCAUCCUUUGUUUGUCUGUUGGUUCUUGGUAGAUGUGAAAUGAAAACAAAGAAAUGUUCCGAUGCGCCUGGCUGUCGUCGCUGGAAAAUGAGCUCUUUCGGGCCAGUCACAGUGACUUGCCGGAGGUGAGAUCUAAAUUUCUACACAUGUUGUAUGGUUUAUUAUAUUCAUGAUAUGCAUUGAAAUUCUAGUAAGUGUUUUUAAAGGUUCCCUAUUGCUCUUUGGGGGGCACUAUUUUUUACUUCAUCAUAUGCAAAUAGAUAUCAUUAUUGUGGGGGAAUGGAUGGUACUAAAAUCUAAAUAUUACUAUUGAACAAUUUCAAUGAUCA